GCGGUACCGGAAGUGUUCUCGCCGCCGGAGCUCCCACUCGCAGCUCGGGUUCGGAACUUUCGGGUCCUCUCGUGGCGUCCCUUCCCGGCUUGCCCAGCUUCCGCUUCGAGGUUAAACUGGUCCCUGGCAGUGAGAUAAGAAGCGUGGUGCAAACAUGUCCCGGAUCGAAAAGAUGAGCAUUCUGGGCGUGCGAAGUUUUGGGAUAGAGGAUAAAGAUAAGCAAAUUAUCUCUUUCUUCAGCCCCCUCACAAUUUUGGUUGGACCCAAUGGGGCGGGGAAGACGACCAUCAUUGAAUGUCUAAAGUAUAUUUGUACUGGAGAUUUCCCUCCUGGAACCAAAGGAAAUACAUUUGUUCAUGAUCCCAAGGUUGCUCAAGAAACAGAUGUGCGUGCCCAAAUUCGCCUGCAGUUUCGUGAUGUCAAUGGAGAGAUGGUACUUGUGCAGAGGUCCAUGCUUUGCAGUCAGAAAAGUAAAAAAACCGAAUUUAAAACCCUGGAAGGAGUCAUUACUAGAAUAAAGCACGGUGAAAAAGUCAGUCUCAGCUCCAAAUGUGCAGAAAUCGACCGAGAAAUGAUAAGUUGUCUUGGGGUUUCCAAGUCUGUGCUAAACAAUGUUAUUUUCUGCCACCAAGAAGACUCAAAUUGGCCUCUAAGUGAAGGAAAGGCUCUGAAGCAGAAAUUUGAUGAGAUUUUUUCAGCAACAAGGUACAUUAAAGCCCUAGAUACGCUUCGACAGGUACGACAGACACAAGGUCAGAAAGUAAAAGAAUGUCAAACAGAAUUGAAAUAUCUGAGGCAAAAUAAGGAGAAAGCUUGUGAGAUCCGAGAUCAGAUCACUAGUAAGGAAGCCCAGUUAGCAUCUUCACGGGAAAUUGUCAAAGCCUAUGAGAAUGAGCUUGAGCCAUUGAAGAAUCGCCUGAAAGAGAUUGAACAUAACCUCUCUAAAAUAAUGAGACUUGACAAUGAAAUUAAAGCCUUGGAUAGCAGAAAGAAGCAAAUGGAAAAAGAUAACAGUGAAUUAGAACAGAAGAUGGAAAAGGUUUUUCAAGGGACUGAUGAGCAGCUAAAUGACUUGUAUCACAAUCACCAGAGAACUGUAAGGGAGAAAGAAAGGCGCUUGGUAGACUGUCAGCGUGAACUGGAGAAGCUGAGUAAAGAAGCUCGGCUCCUCAACCAGGAAAGAGCAGAGCUGCUUGUGGAGCAGGGUCGUCUACAACUACAGGCAGAUCGACAUCAAGAGCAUAUCCGAGCCAGAGACUCACUGAUUCAGUCUUUGGCAGCACAUCUUGAAUUGGAUGGUUUUGAGCGUGGACCAUUCAGUGAAAGACAGAUUAAAAACUUUCAUGAACUUGUGAGAGAGAGACAGGAGAGAGAAGCUAAAACUGCCAGCCAGCUCUUGAGCGACCUUACAGACAAAGAAGCGCUGAAGCAGAGACAGAUGGAUGAGAUGAGGGACAAGAAGAGCGGGCUGGGGAGGAUGAUUGAGCUGAAGACCGAGAUCCUGACGAAGAAGCAGACUGAGCUGAGGAACGUGAGGAAUGAGCUGCAGCAGCUGGAGGGCUCCUCGGACAGGAUUCUGGAGCUGGACCAGGAGCUCACAAAAGCGGAACGUGAACUAAGCAAGGCUGAGAAAAAUAGCAGCAUAGAAACCCUAAAAGCAGAAAUACUAAACCUCCAAAGUGAGAAAGCGGACCUGGACAGGAACCUGCGGAAACUGGAUCAGGAGAUGGAGCAGUUAAACCAUCAUACAACAACCCGCACACAGAUGGAGAUGCUUACCAAAGACAAAACUGACAAAGAUGAACAGAUCAGAAAAAUAAAGUCCAGGCACAGUGAUGAACUAACUUCACUGUUGGGAUAUUUUCCUAACAAAAAACAGCUUGAAGACUGGCUUCAUUCUAAAUCCAAAGAGAUUAAUCAGACCAGGGACAGACUUGCCAAACUGAACAAAGAACUAGCUUCAGCCGAACAAAAUAAAAAUCAUAUAAAUAAUGAGCUAAAGAAAAAGGAAGAGCAGCUGUCUAGUUAUGAAGAUAAACUGUUUGAUGUUUGUGGUAGCCAAGAUUUUGAAAGUGACUUAGACAGACUUAAAGAAGAUAUUGAAAAAUCCUCAAAGCAGCGAGCCAUGCUGGCUGGAGCCACAGCAGUUUACUCCCAGUUCAUCACUCAGCUGACAGAUGAAAACCAGUCCUGUUGCCCAGUCUGUCAGAGAGUAUUUCAGACGGAAGCUGAAUUACAGGAAGUCAUCAGUGACUUGCAGUCCAAGCUGAGGCUUGCUCCAGAUAAACUCAAGUCAACAGAAUCAGAACUAAAAAAAAAAGAACGGCGCCGUGAUGAAAUGCUGGGGCUUGUGCCCAUGAGGCAAAGCAUAAUUGAUUUGAAGGAAAAGGAAAUACCAGAAUUAAGAAACAGACUGCAGAGUGUCAAUAGAGACAUACAGCGCCUAAAGAAUGACAUAGAGGAGCAGGAGACACUCUUGGGUACAGUGAUGCCCGAAGAGGAAAGUGCUAAAGUGUGCCUGACAGACGUCACGAUCAUGGAGAGGUUCCAGAUGGAGCUAAAAGACGUUGAAAGGAAAAUUGCACAGCAGGCAGCUAAGCUGCAGGGGGUAGACUUGGAUCGGACUGUCCAGCAGGUUAACCAGGAAAAACAAGAAAAACAACACAAACUGGAUACAGUUUCCAGUAAGAUUGAAUUGAACCGUAAGCUUAUACAGGACCAGCAGGAACAAAUUCAGCACCUGAAAAGUAAAACAAAUGAGCUGAAAUCAGAGAAACUGCAGAUAGCCACCAAUUUGCAACGGCGUCAGCAAAUGGAGGAGCAGACUGUGGAAUUAUCCACUGAAGUUCAGUCUUUGAACAGAGAAAUAAAGGAUGCUAAAGAGCAAAUAAACCCUUUGGAGAUAGCACUGGAAAAGUUGCAGCAGGAAAAAGAAGAAUUGAUCCACAGAAAAAAUACAAGUAACAAAAUGGCUCAGGAUAAGAUCAAUGAUAUCAAAGAGAAAGUUAAAAAUAUUCAUGGUUACAUGAAAGACAUAGAGAAUUAUAUUCAAGAUGGAAAAGAUGACUAUAAGAAGCAAAAAGAAACUGAACUUAAUGAAGUUGUCAUUCAACUAAAUGAAUGUGACAAACACAAAGAAAAGAUAAAUAAAGAAAUGGGAACCAUGAGGCAAGAUAUUGACACACAGAAGAUACAGGAAAGGUGGUUACAGGAUAACCUUACACUGAGAAAAAGAAGAGAGGAACUAAAAGAAGUUGAAGAGGAACGAAAGCAACAUUUGAAGGAGAUGGGACAGAUGCAAGUUUUACAGAUGAAAAAUGAGCACCAGAAGUUGGAAGAGAACAUAGACACGAUAAAGAGAAAUCACAGUUUGGCAUUGGGGCGACAGAAAGGCUAUGAAGAAGAAAUUCUUCACUUUAAGAAGGAGCUCCGAGAACCUCAGUUUCGGGAUGCAGAGGAGAAGUACAGAGAAAUGAUGAUUGUCAUGAGAACCACAGAGCUGGUGAAUAAGGACCUGGACAUCUACUACAAAACUCUUGAUCACGCAAUAAUGAAAUUUCACAGUAUGAAAAUGGAAGAAAUCAACAAAAUUAUUCGUGAUCUUUGGCGGAGUACCUAUCGUGGGCAAGAUAUUGAAUACAUAGAAAUUCGAUCCGAUGCUGAUGAAAAUGUAUCAGCUUCUGAUAAAAGGCGAAAUUACAACUACCGAGUGGUGAUGCUGAAGGGGGAUACAGCCUUGGACAUGCGCGGACGAUGCAGUGCUGGACAGAAGGUGCUGGCCUCUCUCAUCAUCCGCCUGGCACUGGCCGAAACCUUCUGUCUGAACUGCGGCAUCCUUGCCUUGGAUGAGCCUACAACAAACCUGGACCGAGAAAACAUCGAGUCUCUGGCACAUGCUUUGGUUGAGAUUAUAAAAAGUCGCUCGCAGCAGCGCAACUUCCAGCUUCUGGUCAUCACUCACGAUGAAGAUUUUGUGGAGCUCCUAGGACGAUCUGAGUAUGUGGAGAAAUUCUACAGAGUGAAGAAGAACAUCGACCAGUGCUCAGAGAUUGUCAAGAGCAGCAUCAACUCUCUGGGCUCUUAUGUUCACUGACUUGUUUUGGGAGGGAUGUGGAUUGGGUGAAGGGAACUGUGUAUGGCAGGUUUGAGAGUUCCUGAGAUCGUGAGGUUGCCUUGAAUGAAGACUGAACACAGUUCCCACAGGCCUAGCAACCUCCCAGUUCUGCUCAGCUGUUUAUUUCCUGCCUACUGAAUGUCACCCAGAUAAACAGUGCUCUUGAGAGCAGUGCUGACAGGAGUGGUGAGCAUUUCAAAGUGUUGCUGUUUUCUCUGAAGCUUAGAGUGAUAUUUAGUAAGUGGCCCUGCUUUAACAUGAAUCCAUGCACACAACCUGUCUGUCCGAGCCUAGGUCUUCCCUGAAGCCACAGUCAUUGAACGGAGGCU